AUGGAGACGCGUGAAAUUGCUACCAUUCCUGUUUUGGAGGCUAACGAUUUAAAGUCAUUUAUAGAAAAAGUUGAAGCCAUCGAAAAAGUCAAGACGCAGAAACAAUUGGACCCGGUCAUCAAUGUUGAGAACAGUAAAAUAAACAUACCUGUCCAUAACUACUGCUUGCUUGAAAAGCGUAGCAAUGAUCUGAAGAAAACGCAGAGCUUAUCAAAACCUGAAGUGACAAUUGUAACGAACAAAAAAUGA